AUGGCGACACCUCGCCAUAUCCCAGAUUCGGAUGAUUCCGACGCUGAUAUAGUCCAUACCCCAGAGAGGAGCAGCGGUGAGAGAGAGCCUUCUCAACCCCAAUCCGCCUUGUCCCAUAGGUUUCGGGAGUCCCUGCAGAGGCCCCAAGAUGGCGGUGAAGCACGGGAAAUCUCCUCAGAUGGCUCCAUUGCUGUUGUGGUCCCAGCACCGGCCAGGCCCUGGGAAUACCAGCCAUGGCGUGGAGAUACAACAGUUGAUACAGUGCUGGAAGAGAUCGAAACGCGAGAUGGCCAAUUGCAUUACAAAGUUGAAUAUGAAGAUGGAAGAGAAGGAACGGUUGCUUUUGAUCAGCUCCUCACAUUGGAAAACGGCCGGAACGCUUUGGAUCUCUUCAACAACGGCGAGGACGUUGGAACUUCAUCUUCGGCCUUGGAUUCUCGGACAGGUAGCGAAAAGCCAAUGGCUACCACUACCAGCAAGCGUAUCCGAACCAGGACAAUGAAUGCAGGCUUUGUAGAUCCGGCUACAGUUGACCUUGACACUGAUGAGGAAGACGAGCUCUAUCCAGACCAUGGCGCUGUGAAAAGGCGACGGCAUGGGCCAGCUCGGUUUUCGUUGUUGACAAAUAAUAGCACCCGCCAAAGUAGCAGGGUUAGCAGUGCUCAUGAGAGGUCAAUGUCCCGUGCCAUUCGAGAUGGCGAAGGGUCAGAUUCCGAAUUGGAACCUCCGAGAACACGACGGGGCACUCAACCAACUCGCGGCGGACAUUCGGGCACUCGCAGCUCUACGCGUGCCACUCGCUCAUCCAAUACCAACCCUAUUAUCAAAUCCAACGAUGGAUCCUUCAAAUUGGCCGUUGAAGACGAGGAAAUGGACGAAUUAUCCAGAGAUUCCGAAGCGGCAAGUGAGGGUUCGGAUAUCACUCACUUCACUCAACGAAAGAGCAACAGACGUGCGUCUAGAAAUCGUCAUCUCAAGAAAGUAGCAACCGGUAGAAAAUCCCAGCUGCGCGAGUUCGCUGAUGGAAGUUCGUCAUCUGAGGAAUUUGAACCGCCAACUCGACGAUCAGGACGAGAGAGGGCCAAUAAAAACAUGAAGGAAAUGGACAUGGAUGAAGAAAUUUAUGCGGACGAAGUUGUCAAAACUAAUGCUCCAAAAGUAAUCAGUAUCCGAGAAAUAUUCCAGCCCGUCCCGACUCAAUCUCGAUUCAAGAUCUUCCAUAACAACGACUGCGACGUCUGUGGCGGGACUGGAACCCAUUCCAACAAAGGUACAAGCCCCUUGAUUUACUGUCAAGGCUGUUCAAGCUCCAUUCACAAAGUUUGCCUUGGUUACCGCAGUGGCAGAGAGCACCUGGUUACAAAGGUCGGCCAUGAGAACUUUGUACUCCAAUGCCGUCGGUGCAUUGGGACCUCGGUCAAAAAGGAUCCUUCCGCGCCUCGCUUGGAUGUUUGUCAAGGGUGUAAAGAGACUGGGGCGUCUUGUAUCCCUUUCUCUACACGGAAAUCUUCCAAGCAAGAAGAAAAGCUGAGAGAAGAAAACGGCGGAGAUGACCCAAUUACAACAGUAUCUGAGGAUCUCAUCAACAAUCCCAACAAUAUAUUAUUUCGAUGUACUCGUUGCUUACGUGGGUUUCACUUUGAGCAUCUCCCAACCCGGAAGAAGACAUCUAAGUCAUUAGAGGAUCUUGAUGAAAUUCGGGAUCAGCGACUCAACGAUUACACCCCACGAUGGCAGUGCAAGGACUGCCUUGACGCACCCGAUAGGCCUCAAGCCUUAGUCGCAUGGCGACCGGUGGAUCGUCAAUCUUACCAUACAAAUGAUACAAUUCGCGAUUUUAAUGAGGAUCAGAAGGAGUACCUAAUCAAGUGGCAAGACAAAUCAUAUUUCCAGUGCAUUUGGAUGGCUGGUAGCUGGGUCUGGGGUGUGACUGCUGUGGCAAUGCGGAAGGCAUUUACGAACCGUGACGAAGGCAUUAAUGAGAGGCCAAAAUGGACAACUGAGGAGGCUAUCCCCGAGGAGUUUCUUCGCAUGGAAAUAGUCUUCGAUGUUGGCUAUGACGAUGAUUUUGUAGCCAAGUCAGAAGAAUCCGACAAGGCUCAGAUCAGCAUGGUCGAUGAAGUCCUGGUCAAGUUCCAGGGUCUUGGCUAUGAUGAAGCUGUCUGGGAGGAACCGCCUUCGCCGGAGGACAAAGAGCGUUGGAGCUGCUUCGUGGCUGCAUAUAACGAAUACGUUGUUGGGAAAUAUUUCAAACAGCCUCCAGCGUCAGUCAUGAAGGAGCGUGCUGACCAUUUCCGAUCACUCAACUUCAAGAACCUUGAGUUGAAGAAGCAACCUUCGGCACUUACCGGUGGGGAUAUGAUGGCUUAUCAAAAAGAUGGUAUGAACUGGGCGAUUUACAAUUACCACCAGAAGAAGAACGUCAUACUCGCAGAUGAAAUGGGCUUAGGCAAGACUAUCCAGGUGAUAGCCUUAAUAGCCGCUCUGGUUAAGGACAAACCGAAGUGCUGGCCAUUCCUGGUGGUCACCCCUAACUCUACAUGCCCAAAUUGGCGUAGGGAAAUCAAAAAGUGGGCACCGAGCCUUCGUGUUGUCACUUUCUAUGGCGGGAGACGCGCCCGCGAGAUGGCAAUGCAGUACGAGCUUUAUCCUGAUAAAUCUUCGGACCUACGAGCACAUGUCGUCAUCACAUCGUACGAGGCGCCGGUUGAUGAGCAGAGCAGAUCAUUCUUUCGGCGAAUCAAAUGGGCUGGCCUGAUUGUGGAUGAAGGACAACGUCUCAAAAAUGACGCAAAUCUUCUAUACAGUGCAUUAAAGGCUAUGAAAGUGCCAUUCCAAAUGCUCUUAACAGGUACCCCGCUUCAAAAUAAUAAGCGAGAACUGUUCAAUCUGCUUCAGUUUCUUGAUGCCUCCGUCGAUGCCGCUCAGCUAGAUGAAGAGUAUCAGGAGUUGACAAAAGAGAAUUUACCGGAGCUUCAUGAACUUAUCCGUCCCUUUUUCCUCCGGCAAGUUGUCUUGAAGGACUUACCUCCGCUAGCUCAAGUGAUCCUCCCAGUCACCAUGAGCGUUGUUCAAAAGAAACUCUAUAAAUCCAUUCUAGCUAAGAAUCCGCAGCUCAUCAAGUCGAUCUUCGGACAACGAAAGACUGACCUUCGUCCGUCAGAACGGGGCAACCUAAACAACAUACUAAUACAGCUUCGAAAGUGUCUUUGCCACCCGUUUCUUUACAGCUCUGCGAUCGAGGAGACGUCAGUGGAUGAGGCCGCCUUACAUCGUAAUCUGAUCGAUGCAUCCGCAAAGUUUCAGCUAUUGGAGAUUAUGCUACCGAAACUUCGAGAACGUGGACAUCGGGUGCUCCUUUUCAGUCAAUUCUUGAAUCAACUCGACUUGGUUGAAGAUUUCUUGAAGGGGCUUGAUAUGUCGUUCCGACGCUUAGAUGGUAGCAUGGGCGCACAAGAGAAGCAAAAGCGGAUCGAUGAGUUUAAUGCUGCAGAUUCUUCUGUCUUUGCAUUUCUGCUGUCCACACGAUCUGGUGGAGUUGGUAUAAACCUAGCAACAGCCGAUACCGUCAUCAUUAUGGAUCCGGAUUUCAAUCCCCAACAAGAUAUCCAGGCAAUCUCACGUGCCCAUCGCAUCGGGCAAAAGAACAAAGUCCUCGUAUUCCAGCUAAUGACUAAAGAUAGUGCCGAAGAGAAGAUUAUACAAAUCGGUCGCAAAAAGAUAGCUCUUGGGGCGCUCAUUGAGAGCAUGGGCGCAGAAGAUGAUGCUGGCGUCGACUUGGAAUCUAUCCUGAAGCAUGGUACCGAAGCCCUAUUCAACGAUGACAAUCAAAACGAUAUCCGUUACGAUUCUGCUUCUGUGGAUAAGCUUCUAGAUCGAACUCAGAUUGAAAACACUAACGCCGAUGAGGAAAAGACCGCAGAGUCUCAGUUCUCACUCGCUCGUGUCUGGGCCUAUGAUAAGGGCACUCUCACGGAUGAUGUGGGCGAUCCUGAUGCUGAAGCUCCCACCCCAAAUCUUUCGGUUUGGGAUGAGAUAUUAAAGCAGCGUGAAGCAGACGCAGCGCGGGAAGCUGCGAGGAAUAUGCAGGAUUUCGGGCGAGGAAAACGAGCACGACAAACGGUCAAUUACCAGAAGUCUAAUAUGGAUGUCGAUGACGAUCUGGCUCCCUCCUCACAACUAGCUAGACGCCAGUCUCCCGAGUCUCCUAGUGAUGAGGAAUUUGCCGCUGUUGGUGCUGACUCUGAUCCUGAUGACUUCUCGGAAAACGAUGAUGUGGAUCCCGGGGAACUAGAGUCAAGUGGCGGCCGCAUAGGUGCGAAAGGUACGAAAAAAUCUGCAAAGUCGCGUAGAACUCCCCAGAAAGCGGCAAGUACUGCUCGGGGCCAAUCAAGUUCAGGGAGUAAAGUUAAAACUCCAAAGAAACCCGCCAUUUUGUCACCGCCGGGAAGCGGUGUCAUGAAUCUACAAGGUCCUGUUCAGAAGUCUAGAGCAUCAGCUGCCAACAUGACACCAACUAAGUCUAGGGCAACUGGUCUAAACGGCCAUGAAGAACCUUUCAUAUCUCGAAACACACGAAUUAUACCUCCAACGCACCCACCUUCAUCCAACAUUCAAAUACCUGGCCCCGCCAUGGGCGCAUUUCAAGUCUCCUCUAAUCAACAUCCCCCAACAACAGGCCCUACUUUCGGUGUGCUAGCUCCGGUGUCACACGGACAUUACACAAACUCUCCCUACAAUGGAUCUCUUAGCCAACCUCCACCGCCACCUCUACCUCCUAGUCAACCUCCACCCAAUUCUGGGCAAUUCCAGGGAUCCCACCCUCGCAUAGAAAGACCUCAGUUCCGGCAGAGUUAUGUUCCCCCUCCCACCCUUAAUUCCGGGUCCAAUGGGUAUCCAAACCGACAGCCAGUACAGCACCCAAUCUCUCGAGAGCCGCAGAGUGUCCCUAGACCUGGGGAUGCUACCCAUACUAGAAGCGGAAUAGCAGCAACUGGUAGCUCAGGUCCGCAAUCAGUUAGCACAAGGCUUUGCCCUAUCUGUGGAUUGUCGCAUGUUGGAAUCCUGAGUACCUGCCCAAAAUUCAAAUCUGAAGCUCAACUUCGCCUUAUGAUGGAUGCCCUCGUGAGGCAAAGUACCAAAGCCCCCGAGAAAAUGGCGGUUGCGUACGAGAUAUUGAGAGGCGAGCUACUGAGAUUGGCGACGGAACGGAAGGACAGGAGACAUUCUCGGGAGUAA